AUGAAGAAGGGAACAGAGAAGACCGUGAUGAAGCAGCCAUCAGCAUCUAGGCAUCCAUCUUUUUGCGGCUUCCAUGUCUCCAACUCACCUCAGGCUCUACCAAGCGGUAGGCUUUUGUUCAGCGAGAGGGUUGAUUGGGUGAUACUCAAGCUUGGGGGCAAGAAGUGGGAAGUGAAGCUAAACAGGCGAGGAGGAAAAUGGAGGUACACAAAGUUCAGCGCUAGUUGGAAUAAGUUCGCCGAGGAGAAUUCUCUGGAGCUUGGAGAUGAAUGCACAUUCGAGCUGCUGAAGAUGGAUCAUGUUCUCGUGUUCAAUGUAACUGUUGUCCAUGGUCUUAUGUGUCUCUGA